GGUACGAGAGAGCUGCAGAUUCGGGCUAGCCAAAAACCUACCACGUUGUGUAUGCCGGUUCUUAGCCUUAAAAUGGGCUCGGAGGCAGGAAGACAGGCAAACAAGGGAGCUAGACUGCUUUGAAGUGGAUGGGGAAUCUCUGUAGGGCAGCCUGAGUUCCAGGCUCCCUACUUUGUGACAGAGAUAAGGAGCAACCCACCCCUGUUGUCUGAGGAAGACAUCUCUUCCCUCUAGCCCCACUCCCAACCCCCCUAAGUACCUAGUUAAGUCCUCUAGAGCUUUCAACAUGAUGUCACCUACACAUCGGGAAGCAUUAUCAGGAUUUGGGGCAGGCAGCCCCUAGAGCAGGCUUCCUAGAUCUAGUCCCUUGCUUUGCCUCUCCUCCUGAUCAAGCCUCCACCUACCUUCCUUCUCAGGGUUCAUCAUGGAAAGCAUGGCUGCAGUCAUCACUUGGGUCCUCGCCCUCCUCUCAGUGUUUGCAACCACUCAGGCACGGAAGAGCUUCUGGGACUACUUAGGCCAGAACAGCCAGGGCAAAGGCAUGAUAGGCCAGCAGCAGAAGCUGGGACAGGAGAGCCUGAAAGGUAGCUUUGAGCAAGACCUCUACAAUAUGAACAAUUUUCUAGAAAAGCUGGGUCCCUUGAGAGGGCCUGGGAAGGAGCCUCCUCAGCUGGCACAGGAUCCAGACGGUAUUCGGAAACAGCUGCAGCAGGAGCUGGGGGAAGUGAGUGCACGCCUGGAGCCCUACAUGGCUGCGAAGCACCAGCAGGUAGGCUGGAACUUGGAGGGCUUGAGGCGGCAGUUGAAACCCUACACGGUGGAGCUGCUAGAGCAGGUGGGCCAGAGCGUCCAGGAGCUCCAAGAGCAGCUUCGUGUGGUGGGAGAAGACACCAAGGCCCAGCUCCUGGGGGGCGUGGACGAGGCGCUGAACCUGCUGCAGGAAAUGCAAAGUCGAGUGCUGCACCAUACAGACCGAGUCAAAGAGCUCUUCCACCCUUAUGCGGAACGCUUGGUGACUGGAAUUGGGCACCACGUGCAGGAGCUGCACCGGAGCGUCGCUCCUCACGCGGUUGCCAGCCCCACGCGACUCAGUCGCUGCGUGCAGACCCUGUCCCACAAACUCACAGUGAAGGCGAAGGACCUGCACACCAGCAUCCAGCGCAACCUGGACCAGCUGCGUGAUGAGCUCAGUGCCUUCAUCCGAGUUGGCACGGACGGGGCAGAAGACGGAGACUCCCUGGACCCUCAGGCUCUCUCUGAGGAGGUCCGCCAGAGACUUCAGGCUUUUCGACAGGACACCUUCCUGCAGAUUGCUGCAUUCACCCAGGCCAUUGACCAGGAGACAGAGGAAAUCCAACACCAGCUAGCACCACCCCCACCUAGCCACAAUGCCUUCGCUCCUGAGCUGCGACACUCAGACAGUAAUAAGGCCCUGAGCAGACUGCAGAGCCGACUAGAUGACCUGUGGGAAGAUAUCGCCUAUGGCCUUCAUGACCAGGGCCAUAGUCAUCUGGGUGACCCUGAAGGUCACUCAGGUUAACUCUCCAGCUCAUUGUCUGGACCCUGGCCAAUUAGGUAGAGGGUGGAGGGUCCUGCACACUAUAGGUGAAGCCACCGAAGGUGCUGCUGUCCCAACCUAUCCAGCCUCCUCAACUGCCCCACUCAGGUGCAUUACACUCAGUAGGUUUUGCAAACCCA